GCGCGCCGAGAGAUGGGUGGGGCGAGAGAGCUGACGCCGGCACGCGGAACGUCUUUGCAGCCUCGCUUCGGGGGCGGAGCCUUGCCAGUCAGCGGGAGCAGAGUAGCUAGCGAUCGUCGCCCAAGCGCGCGGUUUCUUAGUCCUCAGCUUUGGACCGGGCAGCCUAGCUUUGAGGAGUGAAGAGAGUACGCAGUUACCCCACAAUGUCUGGUGAGUUAGGUCAGCCUCAGGCCGGCCCCUCACAUGCCGGGCUAGAUUUUCCGAAUCCUGAGAGAAAUCGGGCUGGGGUCCCGGGAGGGGUGAUCCGAAGGGCCGGUGCCCAUGGGCGCAGGUCCUGGAUCCAAAAGGUUCUUGAGCAGAUAACGGAUUCACCUCUGCAGUGGGUCACCCCGUCGGAGGUGGUGCCUGUCGCUGUGCUGGCCGUCCAGAGGUACCUGUUAGAGGAUGAGCCACGCGACACGAUACCCAAACCUCCCCUUUACUGCUAUGAUGUGACGAUCUCGGACGGGGUGUACCAGGAGAAGUGCUACCUGGACCCCAGCCUGAACUUUCUCGUAUAUAAAAAUAUUCUUAAAGUUGGCAUAGAAAUGAAAAUUUCCAGAGUCUCGUGUCUUUACAACGAGAAAAGAUUAGGCCAGGGGAUCCUGUGCAUAGAUAACGUCCACUGUGGGGAGACCCUGGAGGCUAUUUCUCUAGAAACUCCAUUCAGAAAUAGUGCGCACGAGGAGGUACCGGAGAGGCCUUUAAGAGGCGGGAAGAGUCAUUACCUGGCCCUGUGGAAUAACGAAGAUCCAUAUGGAGAUAUUUGGUUAACCAACAAGCAACCCGAGGAACACAAUUUUAACAAUACCAAAAUAAUUUCCCUGUCUCACCUUGAAAUGACCUGGGCUAACAGAAGGAAUUUUCCUGCAUUGCUUGUGAGAAUCUUACAUAAAUCGAAACUGCGAUACUAUGGAAAACCUGAUAAAAAGAUGAUUGAGCCGUACCAGACCUUUUUAGAAGUUGCUGACAGUUCAGGCACGGUGUCUGUGAUUAUGUGGAAUGCCCUGUGUCCUGAAUGGUAUAAAAGUUUGCGGGUUGGUUUAGUUCUUCUGCUUCAGGAUUAUUCUGUUAAAAAGAGUUACCCAUUCAGGAUGCAGCCUCUACCGGUGGAUCCACAGAUCAAACUAAUUUCUACAAUGGAAAUCUGCCUGAACCUUCGAGAUCCUCCAACUAACAUAAUUAUCAUUCCAGAAAAGCAGGUGAAACCUGAAUGGAGAUUGCCAAAAUUAAAUCACCGCUUUAUCACAAGGUCAGAACUGGAUGAUAUGCCAGAAAAUCACAUCUGUGAUGUUAUUGGCAUUUUAGUUUUUGUAGGAAGGGUCCAGCGGUCAAAAAAAAAAGAAAACCGUGAAGAUUUUUGGUCAUAUCGUUGGAUUCACAUCGCUGACGGGACUUCAGAACAGCCAUUUAUAGUGGAGUUGUUUUCUACAUCUCAGCCAGAAAUAUUUGAGAAUAUUUACCCAAUGACCUAUUUCGUGUGUACACAGUUGAAAGUUGUCAGGAAUGACACUCAAGUACCUAAACUGCUUUACCUAACCACUACAAAUGAGAGUCGAGUGUUUAUUACUGGUCAUAGAGGCCAGCCAUAUACCAACGACACCAAGGUAAAAAACUUUAUUCAUUGGAUUAAAACAAGGACCGAUUCUGAGGAAGUGAAGAAUACUGUUAUUGGUGGAUAUUACCCCUAUCCACCAGUGCCAGAGACAUUUUCAAAGUAUAGUAGUUCUGUCAAAGUUGAGUCGCUCUUGACAGCUAUAAGUGAAGUGAGGAAGGAGAUUGAAGACUUGCAGUAUAGGGAACAAAAGCGCAUUGCAAUUCAGGGGAUAAUUACUGUUAUAAAGUAUAUCCCCCAUGCCAGUGCAACUGAAAGUGCCUCAGCAUCAGAAACACUUCGGAAUGCUAACCGACCCUCAACAUCCCAAGCAGCUAGGAGAGAAAAUCAAAGUCAGGAAAGAGAUAAUAAUAAACGGCAUCAAGAUGAUGAUCCUGUGAGCUCUCAGUGUUUUCAAACUGCAUAUACAAGCUUGAGCCCUACCAAGAAAAAAAGAAUUCUGCAAGGGCCAUAUGCCAAACUGGUUCCCGUACCUCAGCCAGAAACUUCUGCACAGACAAAAGGAAAUAAACCAGACAUGCCAAGCAUUUUCCAACGUCGAGAAAUUGCAAGUACUAGUACCGCAGGGAAAGCCAGAAAAACUAUAAGCGAUAGGUGGGAAAGUCAGCUAUGGAGAGAGAAAAAGUUUGGCUUAAUAGAUCACCUGCAUUACAGCCAUGUUUAUCCUGAAAGUAUUCCACGGAAAUUUAUUUUCGAGCAGAGAAAGUUUCUUACUGAGCAGUUUAAUUCUCAGCCUGCAAAGUACAUACCACCAGAGGGAAGGCCCCCAAACCUUGAUGACUUUAAGAGUGCCCGGAGCCUUGGACAUUUUGAAGUAACCAUCCUAGGACUUAAGGUGGUUUACAGGGAUAAAAACAGUGAAAAAGAAGUCACAGAUGGAUAA